AUGCGUUCCAUUGCUGGAACGCAUGUAUUCAAACUGCCUGUGGUUACGUCGCGUCACUUCCGGUGCGACGCGUGCGUUCCACGGCGGGUAUCUAUGUACACGUGGACGCCGCGCCGCUUCCGGUUUGUUGCCGCGUGCGUUCCACAACACACCAGGAAGUCAUUUCUACUUAUGUAAGUUUAUAUAUUAAUGAUGAACUUGAGGACACUUACUUUACACUUCUGAUGAAGCCGAACAGGCGAAACGCGUAAAGUGUUAUCUUUUAUAGCCCUUUUUAUUUAUUAUAUCACGAAUACUUGUUGCCAUUAAAUAUAAUUUUAAAGUGAUAUACUACUUUAUUUUUAUUCACCUUCCUCAUCAUUUCCUAGUAUCAUAUAUCCUUCAGUGGGGAUUAUACCACUGCAAGCCUUUUAUACUAGAGCAAGUUGUCUGCUCUAAUAAAUGUGAGUACAAUCAUCUUCAUUUUAUUUGUUCCACAUUUUAAUUAGAACUACUACACUAUUGGAGUUCUCUCUCUUCUGUUUUUAUUUUUAUUUAUGCCACCACAUUGGAGCAUUGAAAAGUUGAACUCUCUAUCCUGAGACGGGGAUUGUACCAUCCGUGCAAGUUAAGGUAGAGCUCCUGAUUAGCUCUACCAAAUGUGAGUUUGAAAUACCUCAGUUUACACAGUAAUUCUGGUUUUUAUUAUAACAUAUUGCACUAUUGUAUUUCCCUCUCUGUGUUUUUUUUGAGGAUAUAUUAUCCAUAUCGACUAAGGGACAUCAAGUGUAUGUAUGUAAGAAUUUAUUUAAAGCGCAGUUUCUUCUCCUUUUUUUAUAUUGUUACUUUACAAGGCUGGGAAUCCUUGCACUAGUUACUGCUGCUUAUUUACUCUUUUUGUUUUGAAGUGAGCACCUGACACACCUCUCCUCUUUCUAUAUAUAAUCACAUAGCCGCAAUAGGAGUCUAUGGAGCUGUCAGGCAAUCCUCCAGGCUGCUAAAAAGUAAAAAAAAUGAAAUAAAAAAUUAUUAUUUAUUUUUAUAUAUAUAUAUAUAUAUAUAUGGCCCUGGAGGGCUGCGGUGGCUGGAGCUGCUGCAGGGGGACUGCUGGGGUCUCCAGCAGACCCCCCAGUCGUGAUCACUGGUCCAUUUAAGUCCAUGGCUCCUAUUUCCCGCGGACAUACUAGGUACGUCCAGGGUCCUUGGCGACAUUUUUUUUUUUGUCUGACUUACCUAGUACGUCCACGGUUGUUAAGGGGAUAUGUGUAUUUAUAAUGUCAUUCUAAAUGUAUUUUGAUUUAAUUAUAUGUAUAUUAUCAAAAUACAGUUAGAACAAAUUUAAACCAAUUUAUAACUUUUUUCAAUGUUUUUAUUUUAUAUAUAACGUAAUUCUAAGUGUAUUUUAAUAUUCACACAAAGAUAUAUAUUAAAAUACACUUUUAAUGGUGUAUGUGUGUUUAUGUGCAUGUAAAAGUACUUAGAUCAUAUAGAAUAAAUAUAUAAAAGCGAAGUACUUUUUAUGUACUUUAUAAACAUUUUAAUAACUUGUCACACUUUUCUUCAGGCACUAGGGGGCCUGCCUGAGCGCUCAGACAGGCCCCCUGCAGCCACUGCACAAGCCAGCUAUUCCGGCCAUGUCAUCGCAACGACCCCGCGAUCACGUGGCUCGGGAGGGCAGUACCGGGUAGUGGGGGUCUGCCUGAGCUCCCAGGCAGACACCAGGAUCGCAGUCGCCGUUGGGGGAUCGCCAGCGAUCAGGUAAGUGGCUAUUUACUAAAUGAUAUACCAGGUAUGUCCGCAGUAGUUACCGACCGUUUUUUGGCGGACGUACCUGGUCUGUCAUUGGUCGGAAAGAGGUUAAAGAUGAUUAGUGCAGCACAUUCAAAAACAAACCAGUACAGAUUAAAAUUAUAUCACAACCAAUUAAGAUAAUAUACAUACUUUUAAUUAAGUCAUUAUUAUAAGUAAAGGAACACUAUAGUCACCAGAACUACAGCUUAAUGUAGUUGAUCUGGUAAGUAUAGCCUGUACCUGCAGGUUUUCCAAUGUAAAGGUGCUUCCUAUGUCUGUUGCACAGCUUCUGCAUGGAGGUGCUAAAUGGUACCCAUAGAGAUGCACUGAAUGCAUCUCCGUGAGAUGGUGCAUUUUGUUGCACAUGUGCAAUAGCUUCCCAGUGGCCUGAUGCUGGACAUCAGGGUACUAAAUCAGGACACUUGGGAGGCCUGGAAUCACUGGCGUACAUACCAGGGUCGCAGGGGUCGCGGCUGCGACCGGGCCUGGCCGCCCCUGCGACCCGGUAUGUAGCCACAGGGCCAGCCUCUUCCCCUGGGGGGUCCAGGAGGCGGCCACCCCAGGGCCCCCCAAGGCUGGCCCUGCUGUCACCAGGCAGGCUGGUGGCCGGGCAAGCGGGGCGCGCGCGCGAGGGAGCACUCAGUGCUUCCUCUUCAGCUCCCUCGCGCACCGCACUGAUACCGGAGCCGGAAGAUGACGUCAUCUUCCGGCGCCGGCAUCCCUACGCGGCGCGCGAGGGAGCUGAAGAGGAAGCACUGAGUGCUCCCUCGCGCGCCCGCCUGCCCGACCGGCCACCCGCCCAGGAGCCCCGCAGCACCACUGGACACCAGGGAAUCCCCCCAGCACUCCAAAAGGUAAGGAGGCUGGGGGGAUUACAUUUUAAAAAAACAAACAAACAAACAAACAUGUGUUGAGUGAGUGGGAGUGUUAGUGUGUGUGUUAGAGUGAGUGUUAGUGUCUGUGUCUGCUAGUGUCAGUGAGUGUGUUACUGUGUGUGUCUUACUGAGUGUGUGUGUUAGUGAGUGUGUGUUUGUCAAUGAGUGUAUGUUUUGUAAGUGAGUGUGUCUGUUAGUAAAUGUGUGUGUCUGUUAGCUAGUGUGUAUGCGUCUGUAAGUGUGUGUGUGUGUGUCUUCAGCGCUUACCUUUCUCCAGCGCUGGACUCCCUUGGCGCUGGGGAUCCCUCAGCCUCUCAGCUCCGAAUGCGACCGCGCACGCAUUCAAACCGCCCAUAGGAAAGCAUUACUCCAUGCUUUCCUAUGGACGUUCAGUGUGCUCCUCUAGCGGCUGUCAGUGAGACAGCCACUAGAGGCUGGAUUAACCCUCAGUGAAACAGCAGUUUCUCUGAAACUGCUAUGUUUUCAGCUGCAGGGUUAAAACUAGAGGGACCUGAUACCCAGACAACUUAAUUGAGCUGAUGUGAUCUGGGUGUCUGUAGUGGUCCUUUAAAGUUUUCCUGGCACUAUAGUGCCCUGAGGGUGCCCCCACCCUCAGGGACCCCCUCCCGCCCGGCUCUGGAAAGGGGUAAAACUUACCUUUUUCCAGCGCUGGGCGGAGAGCUCUCCUCCCCGUCGGCUGUAUGCGCACACGCGGCAAGAGCUGCGCGCGCAUUCAGCCGGUCACAUAGGAAAGCAUUCAUUAUGCUUUCCUAUGGACGCUGGCGUGCUCUCACUGUGAAAAUCACAGUGAGAAGCACGCAAGCGCCUCUAGCGGCUGUCAAUGAGACUCUGGGGGGUGUGGUCUGAUCGUUUGAUCAUUUAAUCGUCUGACCAUCAAUGUAGGUAGACGUUCAGGCAGAGAGCUCCCUUCACUGAAGCCACAGAAGCCUCUGAAAACAGCCUGAUCUGGACAUCGAAGGUUUUUUUUUGUGAAAAAUUGAAAAUCCAGCAUACUAUAUUGUCUCUCUUAUUUUUUUUUUUUUGAUCCCUUCAGCAUUUAAAAUUAAUUUGAGCCGGUGAAGUUUUCAAUUACCUGUCCGACGAGGAACAGCUGCAUGCACAGCCGGUCAGAUAGCCAGCUAGACUGUUAGAUAGCUGGGUAGCUGGUAAUAUACCCGCUCUACCUGCUAUAUUAUAUCAGUUUAUAUUCUCUAUUUUACUUGUUGUAACAGUGUAACAGGGCAGCGUUUUAGCAGAUCUCUAACGAGGAGGAAUUUUUUGCUUUGGGUUUUUUUUUUUUUUUAAAGGGGGGGGGAAAAAAGGGUAUUAUACCCCCUCCUGGGCUUGCUACUGAUGAAAUCUUUACGUAAGGGAUCUAAGCCGAAGUCCAGGAGCAGCACUCUACAUUCUAUGCACUCCAUGUUUCAGCCAGCGAAAUCUGCGGAUGUAAAUGAAGACGCUGCAAAAUCCACAAAACGAGCGGCUUCAGGAGCAGCGAAUAGCACUGACAUGGUGAAUAAUUGCCAGGAUACAACAAACAGCCUGGAAGGCAGGAAAAAUGGGGAUAGCCACGAGAUCCAGUCAGACCAUCUAGACCAGACCCAUCCAGACCUAGGAGAGGGAGGAUCAGGUAAAAUGUUACCUAUUGAUACAGCUAAUAUUUCUAUACCUAUUAUGCGGACAUCAGGAUUAGACGGCAUACAAUGUAUAUUGGCACAAAUGAAAGAGGAUAGAAUUUUUUUAGCUGGAGAGAUUGAGAGAAAUGCUAAGGAAAUAAGAUUAGAGAUCCAGGCAAUUGGUAAUCGGACUGCCGCCCUAGAAGUGAGGGUAGAGGCUGUGGCAAAAGCACAUAAUGAUUUAUUAAUCCAGAGCUCGGAAUGGGGCACAAGGCUUGACGCUUUAGAAGUGGCAUUUGAGGAUCUUAUAAAUCGAUCCCGACGUAAUAAUAUUAAAAUUAGAGGGAUACCGGAAACCAGAGAUGAGGGUCCGGUACAGAAUUUGGUUUUAGAAAUCUUUAGACCCUUACUACCAGACAUUCCUGAACCCAGAUGGGAAAUUGACAGGGCGCACCGUUUGUCAGGUGGUCUACGAAGGAAUGAUGAACGACCCCGAGAUAUAAUCGUGAGAUUUCAUUACCAUAGCACCAAAGACGCUGUAGUCCGCAAAUGUAGGGGGAUGGAGGUUAUUUACAGAGAAAAGGUGCUUCAGAUUUUUCAAGAUCUUUCACCAUCUACUCUUUUAAAGAGAAGGCAAUGGAAGCCGAUUGCAGAUCAUCUGAGACUUAAUCACAUUCCCUUUGCAUGGGGCCAUCCCUUUAAACUUCUCGCUUUUCAUAAUGAACAAACCAGAGCUUUAUUACCAACGGGGGAUCCAAGUAGAUUUUUUCAGACAAUGGGCCUGGAUACACCAGAGGGAGUAAUACCAUUAUUUCAACAAAAGACCCCAUUACCAACUUUACCCAGAGAAUGGUUUGAUGCGAGAGAGAAUCAAACUUAA